AUGGCGAGCCCGGCCCACUGUUUCUACUGCUUCGAGGCUCUCUCCGCAAGUUUCGAUCGCCGGGAUCCGCCUACGCUGCAAAACAUACUUGAUCUCUACGAAGCAUACAAGGCCGGAUCGUUACUACAGGACGAGACCAUACAAACCGCUCCAGAUGAUGAUAUUGACGUGGAACCAAUCACUAGGCAGCCUGAAGAACAGGAAGAGGAUGGUGAAAUAGAAGAGGGAGAUGGUGCCCACGAGGAAAUACAGCGAAUUCAACGUCGAAAUCCCGGCCUUCAGCUUCCCAGCAUUUCCCGAUUGCAAGCGCGAUCAGCGUCUUCAAGAUCUUCUUCCACGUCGUCUCCAUCCAUAUUCUCCCCGAGCUCGUCCAGUUCUCAGUUGCAUACUCCUUCGAGUGGUACCUCCGUCGCGUCCGUACCACCAACUUAUGCCGAGAAGCUUUCUGCAACCGAGUCGUACCCUCUCUUCGUCACUUGGAACACGGUUUCCCGCUCUGGUCACAAAUCACUGCGUGGUUGCAUUGGUACCUUUGAAGCGCUUCCACUCGCCUCUGGACUUUCAUCAUAUGCCUUGACUUCAGCCUUUGAUGACACCCGAUUCUCGCCAAUACCGGCUUCGUUAAUGCCGGCUCUCUCAUGCUCUUUGACGUUGCUCGCUGAUUUCGAGCCUUGUAGAGAUGCAAUGGACUGGACGUUAGGCCUCCAUGGCCUUAGAAUCAGUUUCACCUACAGAAACCGGAGGCACGGUGCCACAUAUCUUCCGGACGUUGCAGUCGAACAGGGUUGGGACAAGGAAGAGACAGUAACAAGUUUGAUGAAGAAGGCCGGAUGGGACGGAGGCUAUGGCUACGGUGUGGGAAGACGGCUACUGAGAGGAUCUGCCCGGGCAAGCGAGCAACGAUCUCUGAAACCUUGGGAGGAGGUGCAAGAUUUCCGUGCCGUCAGAUACACGGGGUUGAAGGCCAGCGCAUCGUAUGCGGAAUGGCAGGAAUGGCGCGACUGGCUUCGCAAGAACGGCGAAGCGCUGGAAUAA